CCCACAAGUUUUAUACUGAUCUUCCGCUUUUACUCUGUUGGUAUUCCUACUUCAGUCUUCAUCGUCUACAACCAUGCCUCUCAGACCAAUUGAUAACGCUCUUCCCACGGCAACCGAGAGGCCUAGAAAGCAAUCGAAAGUUGUUCUUCCAGCCACCAAACAAUCUGAACGUCCUCUGAAUGACGAAAACCAGAUUCUGAUGCAGUCAUCCGGGGAUGCUACCGUUGAUUAUAUCUCCUCUGAGGAUCUUAAACCUAUAUCCGAUCCUGAAGCAAGGAUUCGAGGUUUAAUCGAAGAUCUGGGCUCAAAAAAUUGGCUCAAUGUCUGCGAGGCUCUGAACGAUGUUAGGCGCUUCGCUUUGUACCACUCCUCUCUUCUAUUCCCAGAAUUGGGGAAAGUUGCGUCGGUGGUGGCCAAGACAAUGAAAAAUCCUCGAAGUGCUCUGUGCAAAACCUCUAUUAUGGCUGCUUCUGAUAUUUUCAAAUCCUUUGGUGAUAAAUUGCUGGAUCCCUCCACCUCUGAUGCAUUUGAUAGCCUGCUUCUGCAGCUGCUGCUAAAAGCGUCUCAGGACAAACGGUUUGUGUGUGAAGAAGCAGAUAAGGCUCUGAACUCAAUGGUGGCUUCAAUAGCCCCUCUUCCUCUACUCCAAAAAUUGCGGGCAUAUGUUAGCCAUAGCAACCUCAGAGUCAGGGCUAAGGCUGCUGUACCUCUCUCCAACAGCGUCUCCAAUAUGGGGCUCGAAGAAAUGGAAGAGUUUGGGAUGGGAGAGAUGAUCAGAGUCGCGGCUGAUCUGCUGAAUGAUAGGCUGCCGGAGGCGAGAGAAGCUGCAAGAAGCAUUGCAACUUCUAUGUACGAGGCGCUUACUAAAGACGAGGAACAGAAGCUCGAGGCGUGGCAGAACUUCUGCCAGUCAAAAUUACCACCCAUUCAUGCUCUGUCAGUUUUCAAGACAGUUAGUCCUUAGAAGAAUCCGAGGAUAGUGCCGUUCUUCUACUAAACUUAAGUUUCUAGUCAUGUUCAAAGCAUUAGCCAAAUUGUGGUCUCAUGUUUCCCAUGAGGGCUCUAUUUGUUAGUCUAGGUUGUAAUUUCCUUCCCGGAAUGUUAAGUGAUAUUUCUCUCUCA